CAAGUUCCAACAUGUCAGCGGCGACGGCAGACGACCGCCUUGAUACGCUGAGUCACCUCUUGGACCCCUUGAGAGAGCUGAGCAUAGAGUUGGACUUGGCCGGGGAACUCGAGGAAUACCUACAAGCGAUCAACGUUGACGAGAGCGUGCUUGUAAACUUUGCUCAGGCCGCACUGCUCGUGCAGCAAUCCAGCGCAUUAUACAGCAAGAAAGUCGAGCAUUUGUACACGCUGGUAUUAGAAACGUUGGCGCAUUUACAAUCCACCGAUGUGCGCGAGCAAGGUCCGCCUACGGGUGGCAAACAAACCGCAUCCAAGAAGCUAAAGACCAACGACGGCAGGGCUCCGGCAACCGCGCAUGGGGCCUCUGACAGUAGUAGGGCGUUGCUGACGCUUGCCGACAUGAAUGUCGAAGCAAAUCAAAUCAACUGGACGGUGCGCACCCAUGUGGAGGAGUCAACGAAGAUCGACCUGCCACCUCCUCACCCCGCCAUGCAGCAACGCCGCGACUUGGACAAAUCAACAAACACAAAGACGUUCCAGGCAUCCAUGGUGAUGAUGGGGUCAUUCGUGUCUAUGGACAACGACUCUGGAGAAAGUUUAAAACUCAAGUCAUGCCGUGUGGAUCCUCAGACGGGGGCGUUGUAUUUGGACGAAAGCAGUAAGGACCUCCUGGCGUUUUCACGACGUCAGGUCGUCUCAGCUACACCAUCGACUACUGCGACGCAGCCACUUCAGCGCUCAGUUGCACCAGUGCUUACUCCAGUGCGUGAAGACGACGACGCUGAAGCCAGGAGCCGCCUCUCGUACGAGGUCAAGCAAGAUGGAGCUGACGACAACAACGAACCUGACUUUGGCUGGAACGCCGAAGAUUUGAACGAGGAAGCUGAGCCUGUCGCCACAACUGAAAACAAAGCCAAGGCGUGGGGCAAUCAAGACCGCGGCGCAUUCUCUCCAGCGCUGCCAGGCAUGGCCACGGAGUUCCGUGGUCAAGUUCACGACACGAUGUUUGGUGAAAGCCAUGGCGACGGGCAUCACGACGACCACCCCGACGACGACGACCCAUGGCAGCUUCUCGACGCCUAUGAAGCCAAGGAUUGCGUCGUCAGGCCUUUCCGAAAAGGUCCGACAUUUCGUGGUCGGUUGCCGAACGUGGCAAAGCUAGCUCACGCCUCAAUCAAAGGCGAGCCAAUUUACACACCCGUUCCGCCUGGACGCGCCCAACAUCGCCGUCUCGAUCGUCUUCGCCAUCAAUUGUUGUCCAAGCCGUUCAAGUUGUUCACCGACACCUCUCGAGUCGGCAGGUCCUUGCCCGCAACGACACCACUACACACAGAAUAUGCCAAGUGUUUUGCCAAGCUUCAACCGCUCGAUUCGAAUCCGUUUGCAAGCAAGAAACGUCGCAACAGCAUGAUCCAGGACGAAGGUGGACGCGUUAGAAGGAUGGACGCAAAGCCAGAAGCGGACGACGACGAUUGUGUAGACUUUGACGAUGGCUACGCCCAUGACUACGACUCCAUCGACGACAAAGAAGGCCAUGAUGACAUCGACGACGUGCCCACCGUGAAGAAGGCGCCGCAGCCAUCCCCGGAUGACACCCCUGUCAAAGAAGACGAGGAUGGGAUUUCCAUCUCCAGGCACUUGAACUGGUCCCAAAAGGACGAAAAAGACGGUGACCCCUCCAACCCCACCUCCUACGAAGCGCUGUGCAAACUUCAUAUUAAACAAUUCAUGGAAGGCACGGAGGAGUACAUGAAGGAGACCAGGACGACCAAGAAGGUGGCGGAAUGGCAGCGCAGGCUGACGCCACUGCUCGACGAACAGAAUCGCCGUCCCCCCUUCGACAUCAAAGCAUCCGGGGACACGAUUGUUCACAAAUUGGUAACCACACCGACGACGCAAGCGAAGGCCCCGGUCGGGUUCGAUUGCAUCGUUCAGGAUAUGUCGAGCUGGGAGAUUUGCCGAAUCUUUUCCGCCGUCUUGCACUUGGCGAAUCAAGGGUCGGUGGACCUCGACCACAACGAUGACGACGUACAUGCUGGAAUGGACUCGCUCCGCCUGACGAUGCACCAGCCCCCCGACGCGAACAAGAGGUCGACAGCAGGAAUGUCCCCACCACGUUCUCGGCGGCAGCGCAAGCGGCCAUGAUGUCCAUGCACAUACCCGUUGGAUCGUGACGGCGCUGGAUGUAUAUGGUCGAUAUACAUUAUAUAAAGAUAUUCACGAGGGUGACGACGAAGAGGAAUCGAUAAAUAUACACGAAUUGUUAUAGGGAGCGGCGAUGGCAGACACGGCCCAGGCAUGUCGAGAAGGGUUGCAAUCGCAUGGAACGAUCUUCCCGUGUGAUGGCGGCAGGUAAAUAGGACAGCAGCACAAGCAAACGUUAAUCCGUUCGGGCUUUGAGCCACGUGGUGGUGGCUGCCGUCGAUUUCCGUGGACAUGGAGGUGGUUCCGUGUCCGUCAGGGCAUGCAGUUGCUGUUGUUGUUUGGUUUCUUCAAAAAACGUCCGCAGCGCGCCGCUCACGUGCUCGAGAUACAAAAAGUUGCUUUGGCAAUCGAGCGAGCAAUACGAGUUGGCGCACACGCUCGUGGUGACGAGGUACAUCUUCUUGCAGUUCUUGCACAUGCUCCGACGAGCCAUGAUGCUUCCUGCUUGCCGCCCCGCGGCGCGGGGUAUCGUGGCCACGACACGCGCUUGCCGCAUGCGCCGACAAACCAACUCUGCUGCUCGCGGGUUGGUUAUGUCGUUCGGGCUCG